UCGCGGAUUUGCGUUAACUUGGCGCAGGAUGGUAUAAUGCAUCUCACAGAUUGCGGUCACAUUGGAUAUUCUAGUAUUGAUUCUCUCAAAACAUAUGUUUUCAACCAAUACUGGAAGAAGAUGUCAACGGGAAAAUUUUUUGAACAGAAUUUAAUAAUCAUAUUUCUGUUCCUGUGUGCAAAAGCAACAAUAUGUCUCUGCGCUUCGAACGACCCCUACGCCAUCCUCGGUGUAAGCAAUACGGCUUCUGCGCAGGAAAUAAGAAAGGCGUACAAGGAGCUGGCCAAAGAAUGGCACCCAGACAAACGUUCCGACUCGGACGCGGUGGAGAAAUUUGUCCAAAUAAAAUCCGCCUAUGAGCUGCUCAGUGACACCGACAGACGACGCAUCUAUGAUCGGCACGGGGUCACCAGUGAGGAUUCGCACUAUUUGCAGGACAAAUAUGACUACAGUGAAUAUAAUCGAUAUUCGUACUAUCAAACGGAAGACACUUUCGGAAAGCACUUCACCAUUGACCAGGACAUUGUGCUCUUCCACAAGCUGUCUGUCACCGCCAACUACUUUGAGAAGAAUAUUUUGCCAAACAGCGCCAAGAAGGUUCACGUAGUAAUGUUCUACAACGACUGGUGCUUCCGGUGCAACCGUAUAGUCAACGCAUUUAAAAAGGUAAUGGACAUCCUGGAGCCCCUGGGGGUUAACUUUGCCACCGUCAAUGCUAUACACGAGGAGUCAAUUUUCCGGAAAACUGGAAUAGAUGAGGUCCCCAAACUGGUGGUCGUUAUCGACGGUCACGUCUUCAUUUAUCGGGAGCAUUCCAUUACCCCCCAAAAGGUGGUUGACUUCAUCCGCAAGAAGCUGCCGUUUAGAAUCAUGCAACGGGUGGACAGCGAAAAUAUAGACGACUUCCUUGGCGGGUGGAUGGACAACAGGGUUCGAGCGCUAAUCCUGGAGCCUCGCAAUUUGAUCCGGCUGCGGUACUUGCUAACCGCCUUUGAGUUCAACGAUCGUGUCGCAUUCGGGUUUGUCGAUAUGAAUAGUAAGCGAUCGAAGGAGAUAAUUGAUCGCUUCAAGGUAAAUACCAGCAUGGACACUCUGCUUAUAUUUAAUGAAGAGUCGACGAGCUACGUGGCCAGUGUAUGUAUGCCGGACAUCCCAACGCAAACACUGAUAGAUGUGGUUUCCUCGAAUCAAUAUCUGGCUUUGCCGAGACUAUCCUCCCAGGACAUUCUGGAGAGUGUGUGCCCAAGGGAGUGGAACCGGCCAAGGAAGCGUUUAUGCGUGGUUCUCAUCACAGAAAAUAACAAAAAGCACGACUUCGCAAGAGUCGCCCUCAGACGAAUCGCCCUAAAUAGUGGUUAUAGCUUGGAAAGAGUUCGUUUCGCGUACAUGUUCAAGGAGAGUCAACCCGAUUUUAUCAAUGCCAUUUCAAAGGGUUCGUUUGAGAAGAAUCCCCUGCAAAUAGUCAUCAUUUGGCGGCGAGACGAUAAGCAUAUAAAGUACGAGUGGGUCUGCGGUGCUAAGCAAUAUGCCAACUUUGUCAAUGAAAGCUUAAUCAAUGCCACAAACUAUGAAAUUUCUUUCACAGUGAAGAGACUCUUGAAAUCGUCAGAGUCGCUUAAUUACGAAGCCUUUGUGGAAAAGCUGUUUAAUGAGCAUUCCGAGGGAAUAAUUACCAAAUGGAUGUCGCGAAUGCUUUAUAUGCUGGAUUAUCUGUCUGAUAAUAUAGAAGACGAGCACCUCCUGGCUGCGUUCUCCCUUUUGGGAACAAUUGCGUUCAUGUUUGCCGUUGGAUAUGUACUGAUGUACUUCGUGCGGGCAGAAGAGGAAAAUCUCAAGGCCAAAGGUCAUCUGGUUGACGGCCAAGACGGCCAAUAUAAUAAUCAACCCGUCCCGGAACUUAAGCUAUACGAGCUGAGAGCUGAAAAAUAUAAUGGAAUGGUUCGCUUGCUAAAGCCAGGAUGCCGUACGUUACUCCUGAUAACAGACUUGCAGAGCCGAAAGAAGCUAAUACCCUAUUUUCACAAAGCCGUUUGGCCUUACAGGAAAUCCAAGACACUAUUAUUCGGACACAUGCUAAUUGAAAAGGGAUUGCCGUGGUACUCUGAGCUCCUUCGAUUGUCGCUAUGCACGAAUCAAAAGUUGCAGGUCAAUCCGCGGAACUGUGUGGGCACUGUAAUUGCCUUGAAUGGCCACCGAAAGUACUUUUGCAUGUAUCACGCCAAGCAUCCAGAAUCCGUUCGCGCGGCCAAGAGAAUUUUGAAAAUUACCAAACCCCUUUUGGACAGGAGAGAGGAUCCUGAGAUUGGAACCUUUCUCGAGAAAGGCUACUCCGAAGAGUCCGAGGCAGAAGCGAAUGUCCUCCUGGAGGAUCAUUUACUCAACAGCCUGGAUGACUGGUUGGAGAGAUUGUUCGACGGGUCGACACACAAGUACUACAUAAACUACUGGCCAGACUUCCCUACCAAAUAAUGCGUUCAAAGUGACUUUUGAAUUAAUUUAUAUUUACACUUUAAGAUAAACAAAUCAACUUGAUAAAUAAAUUAAAAUAAAUACAAUUAACAGGCAAUGGAACUCGACUCGGCUUUAGCCGAAAUUUCACAACUAGCUAAUAUAUAGAAAAUGCGGCAAUUUGCUAAACUUUAGGUUUUUUGAAAAAACUCCUCUAACAUUUGUUACGUUCCCUUUGAACACUAUCGUGUAAUUGCUUAAGAAACUCUCUUGAUCAGCACAACCAAUACUUAAUAUAUU